GUAGUCAUUUGCGUUCUGUCAGAUUUGAAAGCGGGCGAAGGGAGGGGGCUAUAAUAUUUUUUGUAGAUAUUGGCGGGGAUUGCACAUAAUCAUUUACAUUCUUGGGGAGGAAAAAUAAAACCAGAACAUGGCUUCCUUCGUGACAGAGGUGCUUGCCAGUUCGGGAAAGUUGGAAAAAGAAGAUCUUAGCAGUAAAAUCAGCAAGUUGUCACGAAAAGUAGAAGAGACGAAGGAAGAAGUGUGCAACAUGAUCAAUAAGAGAUACAACGAAUUCCUGCCCAGCAUGCAGGGGGCGGAGGAGCUCAUGGGACAAGUUGAGGAUGUGUCCAAAGAUAUCAACAUCCUUAAAAACUGCAUUGAGAAGGAGGCUCAGCAGAACCUGCACGUGGCUGUGACUGAAUACACAGAACUGAAGCAGCAACUAGAGAAGAACACUACAGUAAUCGGGGUGCUCAGGCGGUUGCAGGAGUUUGACACUGCCAUGGAAGAAUAUCACAGAGCCUUACUGGAAAAGAAGUACACAGUUGCAGCCACACAGCUUGAAAAGGCUCGGGGGAGUGUGGACACGCUGAAGGCCUGGAAAGGCUGCGAACUCCAGCUCCUGCGGGCUCUGAGCGCGGAGCUCACCAUCCAGAGGGAGAACCUGAUCUACCACCUCGGCGAGGAGUGGCAGAGGCUGGCCGUCUGGAAACUGCCCCCCACCAAAGAGCUCACCAGUGUUGAGGCCUUCUUGAAGACAGAGCUCCACCUGAGCAGCAGAGGGCAGAAGGAGGAGGCCGAGGAGGGCGUGGCCCUCCUGCUCCUGGCCAAUGUCCUGCAGGCCCUCGCCAUCCAGGGACAGCUGCACAACAAAAUUAAACUCUUUGGUCAGGCCCUCCUGAAGUACAUCCUGAAGCCGCUGAUAACCUACCCCUCGCUGCACGUGGAGCUGACAGACGUCCCCGGACAGGGCACCGUGCUCUCCUUCCAGAGCGUGCAGACGGAAGCAGAGCACCCAACCCCCUCGCAGGUCUACACCAAAGUCCUGACCGUCCUGAAGGCCCUGCACACCCACCUGCUCGAUGUUUCAGUGGGUGAGAAGAAGGUCUCCUUUAUUCUGGGGGACAUGAUAUGGGAGGAAAUGUCGGACUGCGUUAUUCGCGAGUGUUUAUUGCAUUCAAUACCGGCCAACAGCAGCCAGCUGGAACAGUACAGUGUGGUGAUUAAGGAGACAGAAGGGUUUGAGAAGACUCUGAGGGACAUGCAGUACCUCACGGAGGACUCCACGGACCUGCUGAAGUACGCCAGAAACGUCAACUGCCACUUCGCCAGCAAAAAAUGCCAAGACGUGAUUGUAGCAGCCAGGAACCUCAUGACCUCAGAGAUCCACAAUACUGUGAAGAUUUCGCCGGACUCCAAACUGCCGCUCCCUAAACUCCCGGCCCUGGCGGGGGAGAAGCCCGCCCAGCAGCCGGACGCGGGCGUGAGGAAGCCGUCCCGCGCGGACACGCCGGCCGCCCUGGAGAACGAGAAGCACCUGGACCGGCGCACGCUCUGCCUGCCCGUCUGCCGCAUCAGCAGUUCGGUGGAGCAGCUGAUGGAGCUGGCCCUGCAGACGCUGUCCGAGGCCGUGGGCAGCUCCAACCAGUGUGCCACCCAGCUUUUCUACACAGUACGAAAUAUAUUCCAGUUGUUCUAUGAUGUCGUACCAACAUAUCACAAAGAAAAUCUACUCAAGUUCCCCCACUUGGCGGCCAUCCACCAUAACAACUGCAUGUUCAUCGCCCACCACCUCCUCACUCUGGGCCAUCAGUUCAGACACCACCUGCCCAAGCCACUCAGCGACGGCACUGCUACCUUCGUCGACCUGGUGCCUGGGUUCAGAAGGCUAGGCACAGAGUGUUUCCUCGCCCAGAUGAGGGCCCAGAAAGCAGAGAUGCUGGAAAGAUUGUCCACCGCCAGGAACUUCGCCAACCUGGACAUCGAGGAGAACUACUCCGCAGCCAGCAAGGCAGUGAGACAGGUCAUACAUCAGUUGAAGAGGUUAGGCACAGUUUGGCAAGAUGUGCUGCCCGUCAACAUAUACUGCAAAGCAAUGGGGACUCUAUUAAACACCGCCAUUUUGGAGAUGAUCACUAAAAUCAUGAUGUUGGAGGACAUCUCAACAGAGGAUGGUGACCACCUGCACACGCUCUGUCAGACCAUCAUUGACGAAGGACCCCUGGUGUUCAUUCCACUGCCUGAGGAAAGUAAGAAUAAGAAGUACCAGGAAGAGGUGCCCAUCUACGUCAGGAAGUGGAUGACAUUUAAGGAGCUGUCUGUCGUGCUGCAGGCAAAUCUUCAGGAUAUUGUGGACAGGUGGGCGGAUGGCAAGGGGCCCCUGGCGCUAGAGUUCACCACCAAUGAGGUGAAGAGUCUAAUCAGAGCCUUGUUUCAGAACACAGAGAGGAGGGCAAUCGCCCUCACCAAAAUAAAAUGAAACCUCAAAUACACUAUUUAUGUACAGAGCUCUUUCUCAGUAACGGAAAAGAGCAAAAUUAUACUUCACUUGUUUGUUCAAGCCUAUUUUUGUUAUGCAGUAUUCUACAAAAAAUAAAUAAGCCCUUUUCAUUUCA